AUGUCGAAGCAUUUUGAUAAUGAAUAUCAUAAUCAACAGCAAAUUCAAAUUAUUAGUUCUGAGUUAUCACAACCACUUUCGAAUGUUGAAGGUAGUACCAAUCGACGUCGACUAACGCAGAUCAUUUCUCUAGUUGAUAAUGAUCAAGAAAAUAUUGUCGAACCGAAAGGUCGUUAUCGCUUAUUAUUUAUUGUUGAACCAAUUCUCGUUGCUUGUCUUCUCUUUCCAAUAUUAGUUCUUUUCUGGGAUUGUGGAUGGAAUCUUACUGUUACUAUGCUUAAUUCAUUGAAUGGCUUUCCAUUGACGUAUAAUCUCGAUGGAAAAGAUUAUACUGAUGAUGAAUAUGGUAAUUAUUCACCUCAAUCAUUAAUUGUUUCUUAUGUUAUCGUAGAAAUUUUACUACUCAUUUUGUAUCUUGGUCAAGAUCUAUUUUACGAUUUCCUCAAACGACAACAUACUCUUAUCAAGAUGAUUCUUUUGGAAAUUCAUAUAUUAAUUUUGUCAUCCUUGUAUAUUGUUCAAUGGGAAAUGAUCUGGACUAUUUUGGAUCAAUAUACUCCUCAAGAAUGGACAUUUAUUAUGGUUCUAUCGUUGGCAUCACUCUUCGUAUUGAUCGUUAUUACUGGAACUUUGUCGGAUAUGGAUAUAUGGAUCGAUGGAAAAUCAAUUUGA